ACAGCGCCGUGUCCGCGCCGCCAUGUUGUACAUAGCAGCGGUUGCUAAGCUCGGGCUGGCGGCGCUGCCCGGGCCCCGGCGGUGGGUGCCGCUCCCCGGCUAUGGGUGAUGAGUCAGUACCAUUUUUGCUGGACCAAGGAACCACUAAAACAUAUCAAAUACCUAUUAGUCAUCUGGAUUACAAAUUCAUUGAAAAAUGCACAGAUGUUAAGCACCUGGAAAAGAUUCUCAGAGUAUUAAGGUCUGGUGAGGAGGGAUGUUACCCCGAACUUACCUUGGUUUGUGAAAAGCGUAUUGAGCAUUUAGAUCCAAAGAGCAGAGCUCUGAGAAAAGAUAAGCCUGCAGCCACAGCUUCUGAUUUCACAGCUGAAGAGUGGGAAACAAUUAAUGAUGAGCUGAUGAACUGGGUGACAGAAAUGAAUGAAGAUGAUAAGAAAUCACAGUUCCUGAGAACAGACACACCAAAUGAAAAUCAAGAUAACUUGCCUCCCAUUCGUUGUUCCAGCAGCUGUCUUCCUGCUAAGCAGAUCAAAACACUGCAAAACAAACAAAGAAACAAGAAAAACAUUCCACGGGAUUACAGUGAAUGGGAAAAGUUCGACGUGGAAAAGGAAUGUUCUAAAAUUGAUGAAAACUGUGAAGAAAGUAACUCAAAAUCAAGAUUAUUCAGUAGGCCAAGUCAACCUGUUAUCAAAAAUACAAUAGACACAACUGGAAUGACAAAGAGAGAGAAAAUCUUUAUUGCUACUCGUGAAAAAGAAAAGGGCAAUGAAGCUUUUGCCAUUGGUGAUUAUAUGGAAGCAGUGACAUAUUACACUCGGAGUAUAUCAGUAAUACCGACUGCAGCUGCAUAUAAUAACAAAGCUCAAGCAGAAAUCAAACUUCAGGACUGGGACAGUGCUUUGCAGGAUUGUGAGAAGGUACUAGAUAUGGAACCUGGCAACAUAAAAGCUCUGCUACGCCGUGCCACUGUACACAGUCAGCUGCAGAAUUAUCAAUCAGCCAUAGAGGAUCUGAAUAAAGUAUUGUCUGUUGAACCAGAAAACCCUAUAGCUAAGAAAAAUCUGCUGGAGAUUGAAGAGAAACUGAAAGGUUUAAAGCCUGUAUCUGAGACUCAAAGCAAAGGAAAAAGAAUACUCAUUCAAGAGAUAGAGGAUUCACAAUGUGAUGAAGAAAGAGAGGAAAAUACAGAAGAAUGUGAAAGAAGUGGCAGAGAUAAAAGAACCGCUGUGCCAGUGGCAGCCGAGGCAGCGGCCGGAGAGCCUGCCAUGGGCAACGCGCACAGAAAGUUCCGUAGCAAAGGAGGCGGCGGCAAGGCGGAGGACAGAGAGAAGCAGAAGAAGAAGGAGCCCGCUGAGAGCGGAUUAAAAAAAGGCACAUCAGAGAAAAAAGCAGAAAAGCAGUUGUCAGACCAUGAAGGUGAAAUUAAUGGCUAUGUACACAGCGAGCAGAAGAGUGAAGGCUCUGAAUCUGGGAGCUCCAGGUGGCACAGCGCAGGGUCUCAGACGACUGAGACUGGUGGUACCAGUUCUACUUUGCUUCCUCCUACUGCAGCGAAACUAAAAAGCGAAGGAAACGAGUUAUUUAAGAGUGGGCAGUUUGGAGAAGCUGUGCUCAAAUACUCGGAAGCAAUUGAAUAUGUCAUUGGUCUAGGAGAACAAAGUCCAGAUGAUUUAAGUAUCUUGUACUCAAACAGAGCAGCAUGUUACCUCAAAGAAGGGAACUGCAGUGACUGCAUUCAGGAUUGUAACAGAGCUCUGGAGCUUCAACCAUUUUCCCUUAAGCCUCUUCUACGACGAGCAAUAGCAAAUGAGUCAAUGGAGCGGUAUCGACAGGCAUACAUUGAUUAUAAAACAGUCCUACAAAUAGACAGCAGCAUCCAAGCAGCAAAUGAUAGUGCUAAUAGAAUAACGAAGACUUUAAUAGAUCAGGAUGGUCCCAAUUGGAGGGAGAAGCUGCCACCAAUUCCAGUUGUCCCAGUUGCUGCUCAGCUGCACAGGUGGGAUGGAGGAAACUUCACUUCAGAGAAUAAGCCUGGAAGUACUGUAGACAUCAACAGAGAAGAACAAUUGGAAGUGAAUUGUGAGGAGGCUAUGGAGAAGUUCAAGAGACUGAAAAAUGAAGGGAAUGAUUGUGUAAAAAUGGGGGAAUAUGACGAAGCUAUAAAUAAAUACAGCGAAUGCAUGAAGUUAAAUGCUGAGGAAUGUACGGUCUACACUAACAGAGCUCUCUGUUACUUGAAACUGUAUAAAUAUGAAGAGGCUAAGCAGGAUUGUGAUCAUGUUCUUCAGAUAGAAGAUUCUAAUAUUAAAGCUUUUUAUAGAAGAGCACUAGCGUACAAAGGAUUACAGAAUUAUCAAGCCAGUGUUGAUGAUUUCAACAAGGUACUUCUAAUAGAUCCAAAUGUUCUUGAAGCACAGAAGGAGCUAGAGGAGGUGACCCAGCUGCUUCACCUGGACAGCAGUGCUGGAGCUGACAGUGAGCAAAGGCAAAGGAAGAAAGUAACCAUACAAGAGGUGACUGGACCUGAUGAACAGGAAGAGAGGCAGUUUGCUACAUCAGAUGAUGUUGUGACUGAUCCCAUUACAUCCAAAGAAGCAGUUCAAAAGAAUGUGCCACUGAAGUCCUCUGAGAAACUGCGCAUUUAUGAACCAUCUAAUGCCUAUGACUUUGGUCAGAUUAUAAAUGCAGUGAAUGCCAAUAAGGAUAAAGCUGCUUGUGCAGAUCUUUUAACAAUUACUGAUCCGAAAAAAUUGCCAUUGCUUCUGAGUAACAAACUUGAAGGAGAAAUCCUUCUGAUGUUUAUCCAGUCAUUGGAACAUUAUGUAGCUGAAAAAGAUCCUGGCCUUGUGUAUCAGCACCUUUUCUACUUGAGCAAAGCAGAAAGAUUUAAGGUGGUGCUGGCCCUUCUUAGCAAAAAUGAAAAAGAAGAAGUGCAGCAACUGUUUGACUUACUUUCAGAAAACCAGAGUGAUCAGUACUCACUUGAAGAUCUUGAGAGCCUUAAAAAGGUUUAUGAACUUUAAGAAGUUAAAGUUUAUUGGCUGCUUGCAGAUAGUUCAUGUGUAAAAGAUGGAUCUGUGAACUCUGCAGACUUGAAUGAGUUCAAGUGGGUCUUUACCUGGACUGCUGAAAUUUUAUUUUGUUUUGACAGCAUAUGCACAUUUAAAACUUGCUGCUCUAUUUUUCUUGUAGCUGUAUACAUCCUUAGAACUUAAUGCAUGCUGUGUUCAGUAACAGAGUUCAUUUUAUUUGGCAUACGGAUUUUAUUUAGGAUGUAUUAAUUAUAUAUAGAAAAAUAUAUUUUACAUUAUUUAUAUAUAAUGUGAAAUAUCUUGAUGGUGCAAUAGGUAAAUAUACGUCUAGUCAUCAGUUUUUAUAUCAUUUGGUGAGUUCUAAGUUCCUGAGGUAAAGAAGUGUCUUCAAGAUAAAUGGGUAAGUUAGCAGUAGUUCUGCUAAAAUGCGUUUACAAAAAGUAUUAACGCUUUUCAGAUAAACUACUAAACAUCUGUUUCUUCACCAUCCCUGGUCUAUACAAAACAGAUUUAAGUAUUUUGGCACAAUACAGUUUAGCAGCAAAGGUGAAUGAGUAAUAUAUGAGCUUGUCAUGGGACUAUUUGAAACAAAAUUGGUAAACAUUGGGUAUGUUUUAACAAGUGAAUAAUUUUUAGUGCACAGAGAAUUACUUUUCUGUGUGUGCUGAGGGACUGCUGGUUUGCCUGGCUUUUUUUUUUUUUUUUUUUGCAGUGACAUUGGUAAACAGAAGAAAAUGUGGCUGCACUUCACAAUAGAAAUAUUUAGCUCUGAGUUUUGUAACUGGGUUACAUAAAACAUCAACUGUUUCUGUUUUACAGGUAUAGUUAUAAAACUAAAAGUAAAAUAAUUUUUUUGAUCAGUAUGAUUUUUUUUUAUUUCAGGCAGUACCUAUGUUUUUAUAUUUGAUUCUGAUAAUGCUUCAGAGAUGAAGCUUUUAAAUUUUUCAAAUACCCAAUGCCUUCUUUGUGUUAUAAAUAAUGCGUUAUAAAUGUAUAUCAGACUCACAAGCACUGCAGAAAUACGAUUAAGAAUGUAGUUCUAAUGAACAUUUUUCUCAGGUGUGUAUUGAUAAAGUUUUUUUUCUUGAAAAGGACAAUUACUGAUUCUCUUUUCUGGUUCAAUACUCUUUAGGCUUAUAAUUUUGAAGUGGAUUAUGAGGUUUGUCUUGGAGUGCCAAGAACAAAGCUUUUAAUUUCUAAAGCACCAUCAGAAUGGGUUUUGGUUUUAAAUGUCCUCUUUUUGUGAGAUUCUGUGGUCAAGACAGAUCUGUUGCUCAUCUAAUCUAGUUGAGCAACAACGUGCCAGUUUCAUUCUUCAGUCCUGGUGUCGCGUUCACAUUCGCUGAUUUCUGUGUUACUGAUUUCAGUCUUUCAGUUUUGUUUUACCAUAGUUUAGUAUGUUCAGAGAAGAUUCAUUGUAUGUGUCCAACUGUAGUUCAGAAAAGAGAGCAUAAAAAUUAGGUGUGUAGUCUUAAAAUAGUCUUAAUUGCCUGAUAACUGUAGCUAAGAGCCCAAUGCCAAAAGCUCUCGAUGAAGUGAAGUCUUUCUCUGUGCCACCCAACCCUCCAAGUACUAAAUGCUCUUGAGAGACAAAGUUCAGCAGUCACAGCUGUUUCUUACAAGGUAUCUCAUUUGUAAAGAGUUUUUUGACACUGAGGACAAAAAUAAAAAUGUCUGCAGCAGCAAAUCAUAAUAUAAUUUAGUAAAUAUAAUUUAGUAAAUUUAGGAGACAACCUGACAUUAUUUAAGAGACAAAGGCUU